AUGGAAGGAGAAGACACGGUUACCCGAAACCUACAGAAGGAGCUGGAGGCAGCAGCUCACGAUACACCUGGCGUUGAUCCGCCGCCUGCCUCGAGGGAGAAGUCCGGGUGCAGCCUGCUCACGCCCGAGAAAGAGAGACGAGUCCCUCUCUUUUCAGGAAGCCCUUCUUUUGAAUUUCAGAGCGCUGGAGCUGCUUCGAAAAGACCGGCUACAGCACCGGCUACUCCCCCUGAUGAGCGCACGUACACCCGAGAUGAAGUAGAAGUCAUGAUCACCACGGCCAUCCGCAAUUACGCCCAAUCCUUACCUCAGGAUAACCGACCCAAAAGGGACCUAAGACGCUCUCCGAACGAGGGGCGAACUGAUGAUGAAGGCGACAGUUAUUCGGAAAAUCGAGGAGGCGACAGUCAUGGAGUCAGGACCGAAGUAGACAGCCUGAGACGUGAUAUGAACGAAUUAAAGGCCUUACGGAACAGGUCAAUGCGAGAUCUCGUGGGAUCUAGCCCUUUCGCAAAACACCUCGAUGACGACCCCAUACCCGCUAGCUACCGACCCAUUUCGUUCGAGUACAAUGGCACAUCGGAUCCUGCCGAACACCUAAGCCGUUUCAACAAUACGGCAUCACUUCAUCAGCUCACGGAAGGGGUGAGAUGUCGUGCCUUCGCCACCACCCUAGCCGGGCCUGCGCAGGCCUGGUUCGGUUUGUUGCCUUCCGGGAGCAUGCAAUCUUUCGAACAAUUCGCUAAGGCCUUCAUGAACCAGUUCGCCAGCUCGAAAAAGUGCAAGAAAACCUCCCUAUCGUUGUUCAGCAUCCGCCAGAAGGAGAAGGAAAGCCUCAGGAGUUACAUCAAACGGUUUACCUCGGCCACCCUGGAAGUCCCGACUACCAGUGACGAGGUGCUCAUGGCGGCCCUUUCACAAGGGUUGAGAGAUGAUGAAUUUUUCCGAGCUCUAGCACUGGAGCCAUCACCUGAUUUCGAUAACUUAUUAGAAAGGGCAUCUAGGUUCAUUAACUUAGAAGAAGCCCGCCAACAGAAAGUGGAGGAAUCUCACCAAGCCACAAACGUACGGGUCAGCGAAGUAAAGAGAGGCAAGGAGCCCAUGUUACCUCGCAGGGAUGCCAAUAUUCCUAGUCGGAGUAUUGUCCCGGAUGCUAAGGGAUCUCGGUUCCAAUCAUACCAGCCCCUUACAGCUCCUCUAUCCCAGGUGCUAUACGCGAUCGAGAAGAGAGCCGAUCUGCGGUGGCCUCGAACUGCUCGCGGAGCCCCCCGUCGAGAUCCGACAUUGGGUACUUUCUGCCGUUUUCAUAACGAAUACGGACAUACGACCGACGACUGCGCAUAUCUGAAAGACGAAGUGGAACGUCUCAUCAGGGAUAACAAGAUUGGGGAUUUUGUGAAGAUAGAUUCACCUCGGGGGCAAAAACGUGAAGCUCAGUUCGGGAACCCGCCACGAGCACCGCCCCCACCGCCAGCGCCGAAAAGAGGGUACAUUCAGAUGAUUUCAGGAGGUCCUACAGGAGGAGAUACUCACCGGGCUAGGAGACGUCAUCUCGGUAGCCUAAAAAAUAAUCAUGAAGUUUGCCAAAUUUCUACACCGAAGUAUCGUCACUAUCCCACUAUCUCGUUCAGUCCUGAAGAUGAAACAGACCUAGAUGAUUUUCACUGUGACCCUCUCCUCAUCACGAUUAACGUGGGAGGAUACGAUGUCGCUCGCGCCUUCGUUGACCCCGGAAGUUCGGUGGACGUCAUAUCUUACGAGUGUUUCCUACAAAUGGAGCUUGACCUCCCGGUUUUUCCCGUCACCACAGCGAUAUUUGGGUUCACAGGAGGGUCCCUGACGCCGAUUGGACAAGUUAAAAUCCCUGUCACUAUAGGAACUCCACCUCGAACACGCACUCAAACUGUCAAUUUUGUCAUCGUUGAGGGGUCGCCGACCUCGUAUAACAUCGUGAUAGGACGACCAAUGUUACAUACCUUUCGGGCGGUCCCUUCGACCAUUCAUCAAAAGCUUAAGUUCCCGGUUGAUGGGAUGGUAGGAGAGGUCAGAGGCGACCAAGCCCAAUCGAGAUCGUGUUAUGUCGAAAUGGUUAAGAUAGCAGAGAAGGGCCGACGCGAUACCCUCACCAAAGAAGACUUGGGAGACGAGAAGCGCCCCCGAGUUGAUCCAGAGGAUAAAGUUAAUCAUGUACAACCCAUGGACGAAUUGAUGACAAUCGACCUCGUCCCUGGGAUGAUGAAACAAACCCGGAUAAGUAAGGAUUUAGAACCACCUCUUCGGGAUGAGUUGAUAGCGUUAUUGCGGUCUAAUGAAGAUAUUUUUGCUUGGCAACCAAGUGAUUUGACCGGUAUAUCACCGCGAACUGCUGUACACAGGCUUAAUUUACGACCCGAGUGCAGGCCCGUCAAGCAAAAACGGCGACACUUCGGUACCGAAAAAGACGAAAUCAUACAGAAGGAAGUUCAACGACUUCUGGAAAUCGGACACAUCCGGGAAAUUCAGUUCCCUACAUGGCUGUCCAAUGCGGUGUUAGUACAGAAAGCUAAUGGCCAAUGGCGAAUGUGUAUCGAUUUCAGGGACUUAAAUAAGGCUUGCCCGAAAGACGAUUAUCCUUUACCUCGCAUAGAUCAGCUUGUAGAUGCCACUGCUGGAUGCGAGCUACUUAGUAUGAUGGAUGCCUCGCAAGGAUACCACCAAAUUCCGCUAGACGAAAAGGACCAGCCGGCAGUAAGUUUUGUCACCGCCACGGGGACUUACUGUUACGUGGUGAUGCCUUUCGGCCUGAAAAAUGCGGGAGCCACGUAUCAGCGAUUAAUGGAUAGGAUGUUUCGGGCCCAACUCGGACGCAACAUUGAAGUUUAUGUUGAUGACAUGUUAGUUAAAAGCAAGAGGCGCUCUACGCAUCUCGCAGACCUAGCUGAGACCUUUGCAACUCUUCGUUUAUAUGGAAUGAAGUUGAACCCUGCUAAGUGUGCAUUCGCAGUACAAGCUGGAAAGUUCCUGGGAUACAUUGUUAAUCGGGAAGGCAUCAAGGUAAACCAAGAUAAAGUGGAGGCCGUACUUCAGAUGACACCUCCUCGCUCCAUCAAGGAAGUCCAAUCCUUGGCAGGAAAAGUUGUAGCCCUAGCUCGGUUUAUAUCGCGAAUGGCUGAUAAGAGCCUGCCUUUCUUCAAAGUACUAAGGAAAACAGCUCAGUUCGAAUGGACCACCGAAUGCCAGCUCGCAUUCGAAGCAUUAAAACGAUCUCUCACUUGCUUGCCGAUUCUUAGCACCCCUGAAAAGGGCGAAACCCUGUUUGUAUACUUGUCAGUGGGCGAUGAGUCCAUCAGUUCGGUGUUGUUUAAGGAAGUUAAUAAUCAACAAAGGCCGAUCUACUAUACUAGUAAGAUCCUUACUACGUCGGAAAGCCGAUAUUCUGAAGUCGAGAAAAUAGCGUACGCACUGGUCCUCACUACGCGACGACUCCGGCCUUAUUUCCUGUCGCAUACCAUGGUGAUUCGCACAAGCUUACCCCUUCGGCAGACCCUAGGUCAACCUACCGCGUCAGGGCGAAUUGUUAAAUGGGCCAUCGAGCUGGGACAAUACGAGAUCCAAUAUCAACCCCGUACCUCGGUCAAAGGACAAGCGUUAGCGGAUUUCAUCCGAGAAACCACCAGGAUACCCAUCGAAAAAGAGUGGAAAAUUUACGUGGAUGGCUCAUCUACAACCUCGGGAGCGGGGGCAGGGAUAAUAGUUAUUGAUCCCACUGGAACGGAAGUCGAGUUUGCCGUUAGGUUACCUCGAGUUUCCAAUAAUGAAGCAGAGUAUGAAGCCUUUAUCCGAGGUAUGGAGAUCGCCCAAGAGCUCGGAGCGCGCGUGGUGCGAAUAUACUCCGACUCUCAAUUGGUAAUACAUCAACUCGAAGGGGACUACGAAAUAAAAAACGAUAGAAUGAAGAGUUAUGUAAAUAAAGCCCGAGCUGUGCAAGAAACUUUUGAAGUCUGUACCAUGCAUCAAAUUCCGAGAAACGACAACCAGCGAGCUGACUUCCUCGCUAAAGUUGGGUCGUCAGUCGUUGACUGCAUUGAAAGAAAGAUCACUAUCCUUAUUGCCCCCACCCCAACACCGGGGAUAAUGACAAUAGACGAAGAGCCAGAUUGGAGAACACCCUUGUUCAAAUACUUCAGAGGAGAGCGAGCUGGCACCAAGAGAGAACAGCACCGUUUGGCAUAUAAGGCAAGGCACUUUUACGUACGGCAUGGGACAUUAUAUAAAAGAAACUUCACCACAGUAGAUGCAAGGUGUUUGGGAAAGCAGGAGGUAAAGCAUGUUCUGGAUGAAGUGCAUCGAGGUGGUUGUGGCGAGCAUGGAGGAGCUCGGGCCCUCAUGCAGAAACUACACCGGGCCGGAUAUUACUGGCCUGGCAUGAAGAAGGACACGUACCGAUAUGUUCAACACUGCAUACAAUGCCAAAAAUAUGCCUCGCUCAUCCACAAGCCGGGGGAGGAAAUGACCAUCAUGAGUGCUCCAUGCCCUUUCGCCCAAUGGGGAAUCGACCUGGUGGGGCCAUUCCCUCAAACCACGGGUCGAAAAAAGUUCAUCAUUGUCGCGGUAGACUACUUUACCAAGUGGGUUGAAGCUGAAGCCUUAUCGAAAAUCUCAGAAGACGAGGUCAUGCACUUCAUUUGGAAAAAUAUCUGCUGUCGGUUUGGCCUACCUAGAAGCCUUGUAUCGGACAACGGCACUCAGUUCAACGGCAAGAAAAUUCGAGCGUGGUGCGAAGAGAUGAAGAUUGCACAAAAAUUCGUAGCAGUAGCGCACCCCCAGGCCAAUGGACAAGUGGAGUCCGUAAACCGGACCAUUGUCAAUGGGUUGAAAAAAAGGUUAGACGAGCUGGGUGGAAGUUGGGUAGACGAGUUGCCCUCCGUCCUAUGGUCUUACCGGACCACAUCCAAAGCAGCUACUGGCGAAACACCGUUCCGGUUAACCUACGGAACUGAAGCGGUUAUACCGGUCGAAGUGGCAAUGGACACGCUCCGCAUCGCCGCAUUUGACGAAGUAACAAACGAUGAUGCUUUAAGAUCACAGCUGGACGAAGUUUUCGAUCUUCGGGAAACGGCGUAUUUGCACAUGGAAAGAAGUAAAAACUUGAUUAAAGCUCGGUAUGAUCAGGGGGUGCGGUCCCGCUCAUUCCAGAUCGGAGACCUCGUCUUGCGACGAGCGGACGCGCUAAAACACACGGGAAAGUUGGAGGCUAAUUGGGAAGGACCAUACACAGUCACCAGGUGUUUGGCCGGCGGAGGAUAUGAGUUGGCAGACAUCGACGGGAAGCCGUUACCUCGGGAGUGGUACAAGAUUGAACUGAUGGAUAAGCUUAAGGAAUAA